AUGGCAGUGUCCGUAGAUGCAGCUGGCGCACGCGGUGUCGUGCAGCGCCGAGCGGAUGUGACUGCGAGCGGUGUGCUGCCACAUGGACAGGACGAGCGAGCACCGGGUGUAUGCACGCGCAUUCGUCGCCGUCGCCUCGUACGCGUGGUUCGGUUGCCACCCAUCCGAUCCGCCGGAGCACUGCUACCUAGCAUUCGCGCUAGCAAACUAUGUUUGGUGUGCGCUGGAAUCCUUGCUGCCGACAAGGCUGUGACGUCGGAAGCCGAAACCUGCAACGCCAGCGGCGCCAAAUACGGGCGUGCAUACAGAGCAUGUCUUGGAUCCGCGCUCUCGCGUUUGCUGGCGGCUAUGCUGCGCGCUGAAAGGCAGCGUUGUCAGCACCCAAGCAGCGAUACGUGGUCACUCUGGUCGCUUACUUGGAACAGUGAGAACGCGGACUGCAACGAUGGACAGCGACGUUGCUCUGUCUUGACCAAGAUCAGCGCGUGCCGCAACGACGCCCGACAGAAGGCGCGCACUGGCGGCGUGCGCACUGGCGUUCGACCGAGCCUCGACGGUGAAACGCAGCCAUCGAAGCGCAGUACAGCCUCACGGCGGCAAGCCGCGCUACCGCACAGAACAGCACAAGCAAAAGCACAAGUAGAGCAUGUUGACUGUGGCCGAUGGAGUCGAGCAUCGGUGCUUGAGCUGGAGCACUGGGUCGAGCACGAUCCAGCAUGCGCUCCGCUCACUCGCCGAGUGCAUACUGUGACGCCGCCGAGACCGAAUCGCUCGGGGGCUGUGCGGCUCGCUUGUGGUGGUGCAAAGCGUGCGCGCACGAGACGCGUGACACACGUCUGCUGCUCUAUCCAUUCGUAUAUAUGCUUGGCUGACCGAAGCUCGACUGCGUCGUCGCUGCCAAGCAAUGCGUGUCGAGAGCGUCUGGAGCCUCGCCGCAUCACGACAGAGUAUGCUCGAUCUCAGUGUGAAUCUCAUCACGCAAGCUGGAGGCGGCGCGAGGCUGUUGUGCGCUUGUUCUCUUUGCGCUUGCGUGCUGGGUUUGGCUGGCUCCGAGCUCGAGCCGCACGCCAGUGUACGGACGUACCUGGAAAAAGCAUAGACGCGCCAGUGUCGAGCAGCAAAUAUGCACCGCUCGCGCACACACGCUCUGCCAACAUGCAAGCACGCACCGCCGAUGUGCUGCGUCAGAACGAUGAAAACGAGAGCUACGAACCGGCGCGAGCGGGCGCGAGCGGGCGCGAGCGGGCGCGAGCGGUUCGGCGAGCAACAGUGACGAGUGCGCUCACACCCACGAUUCACGCUGCCAGCGUCGUCUGUGGUUCGCGCAACGUCAGUCUCCAAGACGGCGUCUGA